CCCCCCGUCCCCUUCUUUGUGCCAUCGCCCAUUCGGUCCUUCCUCCUCUCCUGCCCUUCAUUUCCCGACCGCCCAGCCUCGCCUUUCCGCCUCCGCUGCAGCCUUUGUUGGAUGGAAUAAGGGAAGCGACAAGGUUGCUGGAACAAACAAAGCUGAUCACCCUCUCCUCUCCUCUGCCUCGUCCGGCGUUUCUCCCGCCACUCUUUGCUUUCGUAUUCAACGCUGGCGGGGCCGUCUUCUGGUCCUGCGGGCCUCCCAUUCUGAAGGUAUGAGCGGAAUCACAAAUGCGUGUCUGUCCUGCCUAUCGACAGUCGACCGUUGGUGCCAUAUCUCAGCUUGUCUCGGCCCGAUCGGUGGCCGCUCGAGGGAUGGAAUUUAUGAGACUACAUUGGCAGACAAUGAACGCGAAGCGGUCUCCGACCUUCUAGGGUACCUUGAAAACAGGACCGAGACCGACUUCUUCGCGGGUGAACCCCUUCGCGCCUUAAGCACUCUCGUCUAUUCCGACAAUGUCGAUCUUCAACGGAGUGCCAGUCUGACGUUCGCUGAGAUCACGGAGAGAGAUGUGCGCGAGGUUGAUCGGGACACACUCGAGCCUAUCCUCUUCCUUCUGCAGAGCUCGGAUAUCGAAGUUCAACGUGCUGCCAGUGCAGCUCUGGGAAAUUUGGCUGUAAAUGCGGACAAUAAAGUGCUGAUCGUUGCUCUGGGGGGACUGGCUCCUCUGAUACGGCAGAUGAUGUCACCGAAUGUUGAGGUCCAAUGCAAUGCGGUCGGUUGCAUUACGAAUUUGGCUACUCAUGAGGAUAACAAGGCCAAAAUCGCUCGAUCGGGUGCUUUGGGCCCAUUGAUCCGUCUUGCAAGGUCUAAAGACAUGCGGGUACAGCGUAAUGCGACAGGAGCGCUGCUGAAUAUGACACAUUCGGAUGAUAACCGACAACAACUUGUCAACGCGGGCGCGAUCCCUGUCCUUGUUCAAUUACUAUCGUCCCCCGACGUUGAUGUACAAUAUUAUUGCACAACUGCCCUUAGCAACAUCGCUGUCGACUCGUCGAAUCGCAAGAGACUUGCUCAAACCGAGUCUCGGUUGGUUCAGUCGCUGGUUCACCUCAUGGACUCAUCCACCCCCAAGGUUCAAUGCCAAGCGGCGUUGGCACUGCGCAACCUUGCUUCCGACGAGAAAUACCAGCUCGAAAUUGUUCGAGCGAAGGGUCUCCCACCACUACUGCGACUCUUACAGUCAUCCUACCUCCCCCUCAUUCUUUCCGCCGUCGCGUGUAUCCGCAAUAUCUCUAUACAUCCGCUCAAUGAGUCCCCAAUAAUCGAUGCGGGCUUCCUCAAGCCCCUGGUUGAACUGCUGGGCAAUACUGAUAAUGAGGAAAUUCAAUGCCACGCCAUAUCGACCCUCCGAAAUCUAGCCGCAAGCUCCGAUCGGAACAAGGAACUGGUCCUUCAAGCUGGCGCCGUCCAGAAGUGCAAGGACCUGGUCCUUCGGGUACCCCUCAGCGUUCAGUCUGAAAUGACUGCCGCAAUAGCUGUGCUAGCUCUCAGCGAUGAGCUGAAACCCCAUCUUCUGAAUCUUGGUGUCUUUGACGUCCUGAUUCCUCUGACGGAGUCGGAGAGCAUUGAAGUGCAAGGAAACAGCGCUGCGGCGCUGGGUAACCUCUCAUCCAAAGUGGGAGACUACUCCAUCUUCGUUCGGGACUGGGCCGAUCCUAACGGAGGAAUUCACGGCUACCUAAACCGAUUCCUCGCCAGUGGCGAUCCUACAUUCCAGCACAUCGCCAUCUGGACGCUGCUUCAGCUCCUGGAAUCCGAAGACCAAAGACUGAUUGGCUACAUUGCGCAGUCGGACGAUGUUGUACAGAUGGUGAAGGCGAUCUCCGACAAGAGCAUCGAAUCUGACGAGGAGGAUGCCGAAGACGGGGAGGGCGAGGUCAUUGCGCUGGCUCGGCGAUGCCUCGAGUUUCUUGGGAACGGUCACAAGCAGACCCUUGUAGAAGGCUAAUGUAUUACCCCUUGACGACGUGUGAUUUGGCUUCGGACCCGCCCCUUUUCACUUCCAUAUUUAUCUUCUACCGACCUAUUUUCACCUUCUCUUCUGUUCAUCACCUGCCUUUCUUAUCUAUAAGUUGAGCCGCCUUGUGUUCCAGUGUUUUGACCCAUUGACGACCAUGCGUCAGAGGUGUUAAGCGGGCAUUUGAUUCGGUGUGUCUUUGCUUGGUGCCAGCGAGCAUUCAGUGUGAUGGUCUUUUUGCGUCCGUCGAGAUCGUUGUUGUCUAUAGGAUGACGCUGUGCUGACUUCAAUUGUGUCUGCGCAUAAUACUGUAUUCACGUUAGAGAUUUCGAGUCUAUACUUGCAAUACAUUGAUACCUAUGAUUAGCAAUA